UAUACCAAUCUAUGGGAUGUAAUGGAUAAAUUACGUACUUCCGAUGGCAAAUCUCAAAUAAAUGUAUUAUCUCUAGGUUAUAUCAAGAACAGACUGAAAAGAUGAAAUGCUUUAUCCUAAUAUUCUUCCUAGCACUUCAGCUGGUGAAACCUAGUGAUUCAAAGCUAUGCUACGAUAAAACCUGUUUUAAGGAAAAUUGUCUGCAAGAAGCCAUUGAUUCAAACACCGUAUCAACAUGCCAAAUGGACGAAUCCUACGGUUGCGCUUAUACGAAAAUGGUAAGCAGCAGUGUGUUGAUCAUAGCAAAAUGUUCUGAUAAUAAGUGUAGGCCGUUCCACACAGCGCCAGUACAAGAGACACUAUGCUGCAGCGGUGACUUGUGUAAUAAUGGAACCCAUAUACCAGAUAAAUCAUCAACGACACACUGUCAUUCCUAUAUGUGUGCCUCCGGUUUGGAUUGUUUACAGAAAGGCAUUUCAGAUGGUUAUUCCCGUACGUGCCCGAUGGACCCACAGUAUGGCUGCUAUGUUCAUAAAUCAAAAGGCGGGAGUGUUACAUCAGUGACAGCCGGGUGCUCUGAAAGACUAUGCAAGCCGUCAUUCCAUCAAUAUGGCGAAAACCAAAAUGAGUACAUGUGCUGCACAGAUAAUCUUUGCAAUGACGGAAAUAAAAAGGAUGCCAGUGAUGACAUAGGCGAUAAAAGUGGCGCGUACUUUGUAUCCCCAAAUCUCUCAGCCAUAGUGAUCACCAUUUUAACGGCAUUUUCUGUGUUUAGUCUCAAUUUCGAAUUUUAAAAUCAAUUAAAUCUGAUUUAUAUUAUCGACUAGAACCACACUACAUCUGAUGAUAUCUAGUGGAACUUAACCUAAAAGAAAACCUGCAUUUACUAGCAUUUAAACGGACAGUUGGGAGAUAAUGUUUGCCUUCUUUUUACACAUCAAAGUAUCCAUGAGUUAAAUACAACAGAUCUAAGAAAAUGCUAAGAUAUUUUGCCGAUGUCUCAAAUAUUAUCCGAGGUAUAUUUUAUAAAAUGUGGCGUACGUUUUGUUUGUUUAUAUUUGUCUUACAGAAAUUUCAAUAAAGUAUAUUUUAGCUA